AUGCAAUAUAAAAGUAAGCAAAUUAAAGCCAACCCUUCUGGCUAUCAGAAAAUUCAAGAUACUAGUUCACGGAGAGCUGCUAUGGCUGUCUAUGAUGGCGGUAGGAGUAGUGAUGGUGCUGAUGUUGGUGGUGGUGGUGCUGGUGCUGGUGGCGGCGGUGGUGGUAGCAACAGUAGUGAUGAUGUUGGAUUGGGAAGAAGACAAAUGUGUCUUGAAAAUGUGAUGGCUAUGAAGAAGCAAUUUGGAAGAUGA